CUGACCCAGGUUUUGGAUCAGUCUGUUUCUGUUUUGGACUCUAACCCUGAUCCAGGACCUUUUCUCGGUUUUUGACUCUGAUCCAGAACCUGGUGUUGGUUUUGCACCCUAAUCCAAGACCGGGUAUUCGGACCCUGAUCAAGGACCUGGUGAUGGUUUUGGACCCUGAUCCAGGACCUAUUGCUUGGACCCUGAUCCAGGACCUGGUGCUUGGACCCUGAUCCAGGACCAGGUCUCAGGAUGCCCUGGCUUCUGUCCUCUCAGGACCUCGUAUCUCCGUCUGAGCGUCAGUGCGAGCGGAGCGCGUUCUCGUUCUACCGCGCGGUGAGGGAGCGGCAGCCGGUGUGGCGGCUGGAGGACACGCGCAGUAUGGACGUGUUCAGCUGGGAAGACGGACGCGCUCGCGCCUUCCUGCCGUCGGAGGCGCUGUUGUACGCACUCGUGCACGACCACCGGGACUACGCACGUUACCUGCUUAACAGGUUCACGGUGAGCGCGCUCAGAGCACCGCGAUGCAGUUUCUGCUGCCGCCGCCGCAGCGGCACACCGCACCUGAGCGUGGCGGUGCGUUACGACCGCGUGUCGAUCCUCAGCGCGAUGGUGGAGACGCUAAAGCGUUGCGGCACGCAGGCGGAGCGGCGGGAGCUUCUGGACGGAUGCAGCAGCUGCGUGCACGUCACGGACGCGGGAAAGAGCGCGGUGCAGCUCGCGGUGGAGCUGUCGCGCGCAGACUGUCUGCUGCUGCUGCUCGUUCACGGCGCGCGGCCUCACGGACUCGAUGUCGCGCUGCAGGUGCUCGUCUCCUGUGACGCGCAGCGAAGCGACGCGCAGCGAAGCGACGCGCAGCGCUGCCUCGAGCUGCUGCUGCUGUUUCUGCCCAACGCGACGCCGCCGCGCUGCCUGCAGGAGGAGCCACAGCGCUGGCAAAGCCUGCUGGGAAAUGAAGUGUUUGGAUGGCUGCGCGGUGUGGCUCCGCCCCCCCUCCUGCUGCAGGCUCUGCGGUGCUUGGCCCGGUUCGGCCCGGAUCAGAUCAGCACGCUGCCCCCCCUCCUCCAGCCCCACAGCUGGCGGUGACGGCGUCUGUCACCGUGGAGAUUGUGAACACCUCAGGACUGCUGUGAUUGGAUGGCUUGUUGAUGACGUAAAUACUGAUUCAUAAAAUCUCGUAUUUCCAGGUGAACAUCACUUCCAAUGUGAUGAUAUCACACGUUGUUAGAAUGCGUCGAGCCAGUCAGUUGAUGUGUAUGUAACUACAGGUCCUGACAUCAGAUUGGAAGCGAUUAUUGGAUAUAGGAUCCUCUCCCAGGGCACAAGGACAACAGAUGCUGAUGGAACUGAACACAUCAACACAACAGGAUUCACUACAUGAGAAGAACCAGUUUGUAACAUCGUGUUUAAAGUGUUUAUACAGAAUGUCUGAUGGAGAUGAAGGAGCAGAUGAACUCAGGAGUUCCUGUCAGUGAUGGUAGAAGAUGUGAGGAGACUGUAUCAAGAAGUCUUGUUGUGAUCAUAGUCCACCACAAUCAGAUGCCACCAUGAUCAUUGAUAAAUGAGGAUUGGUUAUUGAUCGCUCUCUGGAACAUAAACCACUCAAACCGAACUUGGCAGAAGCUGAACUGAGUCGGCCAUGACAGACGACACUCUUGUUUUAACCCCAGGUUUCAGCCUGGUUGUUUUUUCCCGAACGGAAACUGAUUGGUUGUUGUCAUUAUGAUGUCACCAGUACAAAGUGUCCAAUUAAUGUGCACGUGUGAGCGUUGCGCUCGUCCAACCAGGAGUUACGAGGUUUUAACCUGACGCUAGAUUUAACCCAAAGUUUCCUCAGAUCAGUUUUAUUAAUGAACUGUUUGUGAUCUAAUAGUCAAUCAAUAAUACUAAUCAGUUUCUACCUCAGAGAAACGUGUAACACCACUAAUCAUCAUAGUGAUCAUGACAGGUACGAUGUGAUCUUUCUCUUCUCUGGACGUACCUGCAGGCCUCAUGACAUCACAUCCAGUUUGGAGUCAAUCAGUGAUCGGCUUGAAAAGGACACUAACCACGAGGCUUCUGGUUCGACGCUGAAAAAAGUUCGACUCCACAAAAAAAACAUUUGUUACAACAGUUACGUCUGUGGCUGUGGGAGGAGCUACCACAGGAAAUGAUCCCCCAUUUUAGGGUUAGGGUCUUCUUCUGUUUGUGUUUCACUGUAAAAUCAUUGAUGUUAUUUAUUAAAAAUACAUUUGAAAAGAUUAAAAUGAUCCCAAAUGUUUUCUGAACAUUGUACAAAC